CGUAGCGGCCUGCUAGGCCCAAACAUGGCUGACCGCAAUUUGAGAAAAGCCAUAAAAGCACUUUAGCACAUACAAAGCAAGACAAAGACUGCUAUUCACGCUUUCGACAUAAUUAAAUCUGGACUUCUUGGGGCCUUCCGCAAACCUAGCUGGCUGAUUAAGUUGCAGGCAAGUUUACACAUUCGAACGACUAAUAUCGGUUAGACCGGAGGCGAGGAAGGCGCGGAACAGCAAUCGCUCCUUUCCACCUCACAUAAGAACGUCAUAGUGAUCUGGGGCCAACUGCACUUCAAGCGUGGAUUAUAAACUUACUAAAUACAACCUCUUUGCUGCCCACGGGACUCCAACCUGCAACAACCGCCUGCCAGAGACAAACUCAGCGACCUGGCAGUGCCCCGGGGGAUAGCGGCGCCCAUCAAUGGACCCCGAGGAAGCUCUUGGGGCAAUGGACAGUACUGGAGCAGCUCUUCGCCAUCCGUACGGCCACGCUGGCGGCGCUCCUGCCAAUGCUGCCGCUGCUGCCGUACAACACCCCGGCAUGGUCCUGCAGCUGCGCCCUCCCAGCCACCACACCGCUGAGGCCGCCCCGGGCCACAGCCCCACAUCCGCUCUCAUGAUGCAAAUGAUGCAACAACAGCAGCAGCAACGGCAACAGCAGCAGCAGUAUGCCGUACUUCACCAGCAGCAGCAACACCUGCAGCAACAGCAACUGCAGCAUGCCGCUGUGGCGCACCAGCAACAACAACAGUACCAGCAGCAACAGCCGGUCACCGCGCCUUCCGUAUCCCUUGCCGGGGCAAGUGGCGACACCGGUGCAGCUACAGCUGUCGCACCUGCAGACGCUGCUGCUGCCCCUGAGGACGACGACGGCUCCACUCGGGCGCUGGUGCUGGCCGCCCUGCAGAUGACCGGCGGUGGGGACCCGCAGCGGCAGCACCCCCAGCAGCAGCUGGGACCCGCGGCGGCGCAGCUGCGCAACCUGCCGGCCUUCUUCGACCCUCUGGAGCUGCUGGAGGGGGCUGCAGGCGGAGGCGCAGAGGGGGCGGCGGGCGGGGCGGCCGCGACGUCCAUGCAUCAGGCGGACGUGCUGCAGAAGUCCAUUAGGUCCCUGCGCGACGUGCAGCUGGCCGCCAAUUUGGGCGCCCUCGCCGCCAUGCCGCCCGACCAGCUGCGGGAGCUGCUGAGGGGGCAGAACGUCAACCUGCGGGAGGUUGUCGCCAAGCUCACAAAGCACAUCGACCCCGAUAAGGCCCGACAGCAGUUUGGCGGCAGCUUCUUUUACGGCACCCGAGCCGCGUACAACAGCUUCCUGCGGGGCUGUGCGGAGGCGGCCAUUCGGGAACACCAGCAGACGCUGCUGCUACUUCAGCAGCAGCGGCAGGCGCAGCAGCAGCAACUGCAGCAGCAGUACCACCAACAUCCACACCUAGAGCAACAGCAGCAGCAGCAGCAACAACAACAGCAUGCGCCGCAGCAUCAGGAGACUCCCGCUGUAACCGCUGCCCAGCACGCCCCCCAGCAGCCCCCCGCCGCGGAUGUGGACAUGGCGGCAGCAGAUGCCGCUGAAGCUGACGUCAGCGGCGGCAGUGAGGUGCGUACGACAGAGUCGUACGGCAGACUGGCCUCAAUGGCGGCGACGGGACAGCCGGCAGCGGACGGCUCGGCCGCCGCCGCCGCGACGUCUUCGGCCUCAGCGGCUGAGGGGGGUGCUGGCGGAGGCGGUGAUACGGCUGCAGCGGCGGCGGCGCCGCUGGCGGCCGCGACGCCGGCGACCGUCGCGCUGCUGCUUCAGCAGCAAAUGCGAGCAGCGGGUCUCAAUCUACAAGACCCGGCGGUGGCGGCGGCUGCAGCGGCGGCGGCACGAGCCGGCGGAGCACCUGCAGUACAAGCCCUCCUGGCGCAGGGUGCGCAUUUCGGUGGCGCUGGCAGCGCCGCCGCCGCUGCGUUGGCGGCCGCCGCCGCCGCUGGGUAUCCCAUCGGGGGCAGUGGCGGCGCGAUGUUGGUAGACCCCGCGGCGGCGGCCGCUCAGUACGGCGCGGGGGGCGCCGCGGCGGCAGCGAUGGGCGGCCGGGGAGGUCGCGGCCGCGGCCGCGGGAGGGGCCGCAGCGGCACCCCAGGUGGUGUCGCCGAUGCUGCUCCGCCGGGAGCUGCUGUAGGCGGCGGCCGGGGCCGGGGCCGCAAGCCUGCAGGGGGGCCGCAUGCGGGGGCGCACCACUUGGGCGCCGCUGAUAGCCUGUCGUGGCCUGCGCCGCCGGACGCACGGUUCGAGCCGUUACCGUUACGACGGUUGGAGGCGUUUGCUCGCAACCACCCGGUGUGUGGGCGCUGCCAGCGGACGUAUCACGAGGAGCUGUCGCCGCUGUGCCUGUGCGACUUCUGCCCGCGGGCUUACCACCUGGUUUGCUUGGAAAUGGAGUAUGAGGAGCUGCGGCUGCUGGACUGGGCCUGUCCCAGCUGUGCGGAGAGGCUGGAGCUCUCCGGGGGCAGCGGAGCCGCCGCGCUGCACCAGGUACCCCUGGCGGGCGGCGGCGGCGGCAUGAUGACGCCGUACAGCAGCAGUGCUGCCGCUGGCGGCGGCGCUGCUGCUGCUGCCGGUGAUGCCCUCGGCGGCGCCGCGGGGGCUGCGGGUGCGGGUGCCGCCUUCCGUCGCAACAUGCGGUGGGCUGACCCCGCGGAGAAGGCCGCGUACCUGGCGGCGCGGGCGGCGCAGCGGGCGGCGGAGAGGGAGGAGCGGGAGAGGCUGCGGGCGGAAGCCAAGGCGGAGAGGGACCGCGAGCGGCAGCGGUGGCGGGCCCGCGGGCUGGAUGACCUGGAUGUGGUGGAGGACGACAUAGAGGAGGCAACCCGGCUGGACGCCCUGAUUGAGGAGCUCACCGAGAAAGCGGCAGCAGCAGCCGCAGUGGCGCAACAACAACAACAACAACAACACCAGCAGCAACAGCUAGCUGCCCCUCAUCCCCAGCCUCCCUCCAACGGCCCCCACGCCGCCGCCGCCUCCGGCGCCCUCCUGCCGCCCCCCGGCAGCUACUCCCCCGCUCCCCUGGGUGCUGCUGCCGCACCUGCAUGGGGCCUCAUGGGGCCGGCUGCGGGUGGGGCUGCUGCUGCUGCUCCCGGUGCCGGCAGUAGCGGUAGCUGCGUUGCGCUGCA